AUGAAACGGAAGGCAGAGCAAGAAUUAGAAGAAAGAGGGAAUAAGCAGAGGAUAUGGUGGGGUGAUGGAAAUCAGUGGGAGAGAGGGGAGAUGAUCGGAGAAGGAAGCUAUGGGUCUGUUUUUCUUGCUUUUUGGAAAAAACCCCUUUGGGAGCUUAAUCUAAAUGAUACGCCUCCAGCUCCAGUCAUGGCAGUCAAAUCUGCUAAGCUCUCUGAUUCAGAAUCCAUUCAGCAUGAGGCAGGCAUUCUUUCUGAUUUUAUAGGGUCCCCUUUUGUGAUUCAGUGCUUGGGUGAAGAAAUCACAACCAUUGAUGACACAGGUGAAGAAAUAUUCAACUUGGCUUUGGAAUUUGCUGCUGGAGGAACCCUUGAUGGUCUGAUUCAGAGCUAUAGAGGUCAUGGGCUGCCUGAGUCUGAUGUGAGAAGCUACACAAGGUGCAUACUUGAAGGGCUUAUACAUAUUCACAAUUGUGAUUAUGUUCACUGUGAUUUGAAGCCGGAGAACAUCCUUCUUGUUCCUAGUGAUACUAGCACCAGUGGUAGUUCUAGUUUUGUGGCCAAGAUUGCUGAUUUCGGAUUGACUAAGAGCACCAAAGAUGAUAUGGAUGGAUGGAGAGGCACUCCUAGGUAUACAGACCCAGAUGCUUUGAUUGAUAAUGUGCAGAAGCAGUGCUCUGAUAUUUGGUCUCUUGGUGCUAUUGUGCUUGAGAUGUUAACAGGCAAGCCCCCCUGGGAUGUGGAGCCUGAUUCGACACUUGAUGAUUUCCUGGACAUGGUUGCUGGGGAAAUAACUCCCAAAAUCCCUACUGAAAUCUCUGGUUUGGCAAGGGAUUUUCUUAUGAAGUGUAUUGCAGUCAACUCAUGGGAAAGGUUUACCGCUCAAAAGCUCCUACUUCAUCCAUUUGUACAGGAGCCACAACUAUCUGAACCAAGUCAUGCCAAGGUGAAGGUGCUUAGCUCAUCUUUGGGCUCCGAAGAUGGUGCCUCUUGCUUCAAACCAAUUGAAGAUUACCGCACAAACUCUGCCCCUGUUCCCAGAAUUCAGCCCUCACCGGGUUUUGAGAUACCAGCUGGACUAUAGAAGUUGAGGUUCUAUUUCAUGAGACAAACCUUAUGAUUCUUUAUUCUAGUAUUUUUUUUAUUUGUAAAGUCGAUCACUUGAAAUUAUUCAUUUCAAGGUCAUAACCACGAAAUUGUACAAAAUGAUUCAAACAUAUAUACGAGUUGUUCUUUACU